AUGAGCGGAUUAAGAAACGGUGCUGCGCCUGUGCGCACCAUCGAGGAUGACAGCGAUGUCGAGGAGGAGGCCCUCGUGGCCGAUUACCAAGAGCAGGUUCAGUAUGAAGACGGCAUGGAAGAGCUGGAGCAGGUCAAUUCCCUGACCAUGGCUCAGCAAACCGAUGAUAUCCAGUCCAGACUUGUUGCUGCCGCUCAACCGUUAGACUUCUCUGCUCCCCUCGAAGUCAAGUUCCAAAGCUACGAUUCUUACUGCAACUUGUUCCACUUCAUCCUCAACUCGGACGGCCCUGUUGAUUUGGAACCUCCUUCGCACUACUGGGCCUGGGAUGUCAUCGACGAGUUCAUCUACCAAUUCAACAGCUUCUCCUCCUACCGACUGAGAAUUGCCAGACAAGCGAGGGAUAACGAAGAAGAGAGGCAGAUUCUACGCGAAAACCCCAACACAUGGGGCUGUUAUAGUGUGCUAAACGUACUCUACUCUCUGAUCCAGCGAUCGCAAAUCACCGAGCAGCUAGCUGCCAUGAAGCGUAACGAGGACCCCGCCGCUGUUGCUGGAGAGUACGGUUCCAAGACCCUAUACCGAAUGCUCGGUUAUUUCUCCAUCAUCGGUCUACUACGCGUCCACUGUCUCUUAGGAGAUUUCAGCCUUGCGCUGAAGACCCUCGACGACAUCGAGCUUAACAAGAAGGCCAUGUUUGCGCGCGUUAUGGCCGCCCACUUCACGACCUACUAUUACGUCGGCUUCUCCUACAUGAUGAUGCACCGGUACGCCGAUGCCAUCCGCAUGUUCAGCCACAUCCUUGUCUACGUAUCGCGUACCAAGAACUUCCAGAAGAACGCCCAGUACGAUUCUAUCACCAAGAAGAACGAUCAGAUGUACGCUCUUAUUGCCAUCUGCGUAGCCUUCCAGCCCACCCGUCUAGACGACACCAUCCACACCGCUCUCAGGGAGAAGUACGGAGACCAGCUGCUCAAGCUGCAGCGAGGUGGACCCGAGUCUCUUCCCAUCUUCGAGGAGCUUUUCAAGGCUGCUUGCCCCAAGUUCAUCUCACCGGUUCCCCCUGACUUCGAUAACCCCGAGGCCAACGUGGACCCCAUCGACCACCACCUCUCCAUCUUCAUGGACGAAGUCAAGACCAACAUGUGGAACCCUACCGUAAAAUCUUACCUGCGCCUCUACACAACUAUGGAUCUUAAGAAGCUCGCUGGUUUCCUGGAAGUGCAGCCCGAAGAACUACGCUCUUGGCUGCUAGUCAACAAGCAGCGCACCAAGCAGCUACGGUGGACCGACCACGCCCUACUGGAGGGAGAAUGGGUGAAUGUGAGCGACCUGGACUACGCCAUGCAAGGAGAUCUAAUUCACAUCUCGGAAGCCAAGGUCGGACGCAAGUUGGUGGACUGGUACCUCCGCAAUCUGUCACGGACGUACAACUAA